AUGGAGACUAUUACUGCACGCUACUCCCUCCCAGAUCUCGACACGCUGUCAUCUUGGGACCAACAUAAAAUCCGGGCCUGGAUUCUUACAAGAGACGAGGCCAUGGACCGGGCACAGUCCAUUACAGCUCGCCUCUCCAUGUGGCUCCCUAAAGUGAAAGUGGUAAGAUCACUUGCCAACUACUUGAUAGACCUGACGGAGCCCAAUUUGAGAAGAGCGUUUACUAUGGCCCGUUUCCAUUCUAUACCCACGGCCUUCCUGCAGGGGAUUUACUCUAAGACCCCUAUUACUCAGCGUUUAUGUCCAUGCACAAUGAAUGAAGUAGAGGACUUCAUACAUUUCUUUUUCUACUGCCCUAUUUAUGAGCCAAUAAGACCUAAGCUCCUCCUCUUGAUCCCGUCCACCAUUACAUCUAAGGAAGACUGUUUGAAAUCGCUUCUUGUGGACGCAAAUCCCCAAAUUUCACGUGGGGUGGCAAUCUUUAUAGUGCAGGCUCUGAAACUCAGGGCUACUCUGACUGGGUAG